UGUAUGUGUAUGCCUCGUUCACAUUCACAUCACAGUGUUUUCUUUUCUUCUUAUUAUCUUUUUCUUUCUUAUUGAUUUUGGAGGAUCUUAAAGAAUGCUUACUUUAACCACCAAAUUUCACCAUAUUUGUAGGUUGCACUGUUUGUUGCAGUGAGGCCAGCAAUGGGGAGAGUCACGAGAUGGAUGAAGAGUUUGUUUGGAAUUUCAGGAGAGAAAGAGAAGAAACAAAACAUCAUGGAAUCUGGUUUUUCUGAGAGUACUUGUAAUUCAAGAGUUUUGUGUCACAAUCCAGGAACUAUACCUCCCAACAUUUCUCAAGCUGAGGCAGCUUGGUUGCAGUCAUUCUACACAGAGAAGGACAAAAACAAGCACGCCAUUGCGGUUGCUGCGGCAACCGCAGCUGCGGCUGAUGCUGCUGUGGCGGCAGCACAGGCCGCCGUGGCAGUUGUUAGGCUCACAAGCCAAGGAAGGGGUGGCACCGUGUUUGGCGUUGGACCUGAGAUAUGGGCUGCUAUCAAGAUUCAAGCAGUGUUCAGAGGAUACCUGGCAAGGAAGGCACUGAGGGCAUUAAAAGGAUUGGUGAAGUUGCAGGCACUUGUCAGAGGGUAUUUAGUGAGGAAGCAAGCAACAGCAACACUGCAUAGUAUGCAGGCUCUUAUUAGAGCUCAAGCUAGAAUACGGUCCCACCAAUCUCGCAGGCUCAUGAGUACGAAGAAUGAAGCAUUUAGAUCUCAAAGUAGAGCAAGAAGAUCCGUGGAGAGGUUUGAUGAUACUAGGAGUGAGUAUGGAGUUCCAAUCCACAACAGAAGAGCAUCAUCUUCUUUUGAUGCUACACUUAACAUCAACAACAGUGUUGAUGGGAGCCCCAAAAUAGUGGAAGUAGACACUUUCAGGCCUAAGUCAAGAUCAAGAAGAACAAUAUCAGAUUUUGGUGAUGAGCCAUCACUUCAGGCACUUUCCUCACCCUUCUUUCCAAUUUCAUAUAGAGGUACCCCUACAGGUUGGUCCAUACCAGAUCAAAGGAAUUUUCAGGACUCUGAAUGGGGGUUAACAGGAGAAGAAUGUCGGUUCUCUACAGCACAAAGCACUCCACGCUUCUUCACAAAUCCUUGUAGUUGUGACUCCGUUGUACCUAUGACACCACAAAGUGUGUGUCCUGAUGAUAACUUGUUCCUAAGGCAAUAUGGGAAAUUUCCAAACUACAUGGCUAGUACUCAGUCUUUUAAGGCCAAGUUGAGGUCUCAUAGUGCUCCAAAGCAACGACCUGAACCAAGUCCAAGGAAAAGGCUCUCCCUCAAUGAAAUGAUGGAGUCUAGGAAUAGCUUGAGUGGUGUUAGAAUGCAGAGGUCUUGCUCAAAGGCUCAAGAAGUCAUUAAUUUCAAGAAUGCUGUGAUGGGAAAGCUUCAGAAAUCCACAGAAUCUGUUAGGGAAACAGAUAGAAACUAUUUCCACCAGAGAGGAUGGUGACAUGCUGAACUUGUUAGGACAGAUAUCUAGCUAUCUUUGUUUUUUAAACUGUUAAAGUGUUAAUAAAAUAUAUUUCUCCCUCAGUUUGGUAA